AUGAAGAAGAAAACGGCUAUGAACAGUCACAAAGUGCGCAGUGCGCAGGUGUCUAAGGUGGUUAUAGUCAAGAAGAUCGCCUCGAGGGGCUUGGCCAUGGAUAACAUUCGCCCGAUUGCCCUGACAUCCGUCCUCUGCAAGACCAUUGAGCGGAUUCUGCACCGUCGGCUCUCUUCCUUCUUGGAAGCCUCUUCAGCGCUUAAUGAUAGCCAGAUCGGCUUUCGCCCCCGCUGCUCAAUCUGGAUGGCGCACGCCAACCUGGAAAGCCAGAUUUGCCUUGCGCGUGAGUGUGGGAAGAUGUCUGCCCUGGUUACCUUGGAUGUGGCGAAGGCCUACGAUAGCGUGGAACACAACGUCCUCCUCCAUUGUAUGGCAGCUCUCAACAUUCCCCCGUACAUCGUUUCAUGGGUUUGCAGCUUCCUUACUGGACGAGCAUUCUUUUGCUCGGAUGGACGCUUUGUCUCAUCUUCGCAUCCGCAGCAGAGGGGCGUCCCCCAGGGGUCCGUCCUUUCGCCACUGCUGUUUAACAUUUUGAUGAGUUCCCUACCUCUCGACCCGGGCAUCCUCACUCUGACCUAUGCGGACGAUAUUGCCUUCUUCUCCUGCUCUCUAUCGCUGCAUACGCUACGUGAGAAACUGCAAGAAUAUCUCCUCGCGCUGUCGUCCUGGAUGCGUUCCGUCCACCUCACGUUGAACGUCCAGAAAUCUGCAGUCCUGGUGUUCCCCCAGACCAACUGGACUGGAGGAGCUGUGACCAUCAUUCUGGAUGUUGCCGGCCAGACCAUUCGCCAGACCAACCUGCUCCGCUACCUAGGCGUCUGGUAUGAUCACAUGCUUCACUGGGACCAUCAUGUGGAAGUCAUAAGCCAGAAGGCUUCGAAAGCACUUGGCACAAUCCUGCGCAGCGCCAGCGCCCGCUGUGGUAUGCGCAGGAGCACCCUGCUCUUCCUGUUCAAGUGCGACGUACGGCCCAUUCUUGAGUUUGGGUGUGUCGUCUUCUCGCACCUCCCCGACUACCGUCUGAGCAGGUUAUUCGCCGUAGAAAGAAGAGCCCUCCGCCUGUGCAUGGGCCUCCCCAAGUACACGGCCAACCAGGCGCUGUGCGCCGAAGCCCGCAUUCCCCCUCUGAAGACUCGGUUCCGCCUACUCACUGUGAACACCUUCCUCUCGCUCUGCCAGAGCCCAUUAGCCACCAGACAGAACCAGUCUCUCAGGGAUCGGGCCCAGUGGAUCGCCCGGAGGUGGCGAAAAUCCAACACCCCGCAGCUCGUCUUUGUCGAAUCCCUUCUAGCCUCGCUGAAUACUUCUCUGACUGCCCCUCCUGCGCCCAUCUGUCCGGUCUCGCCCAUGGCCCUGCGAGUUGUCGACGCGUUCCAGCCCGGCCUUGCCUACGCUCCGUCUCCCCGGCUUGAAGCCCUCCUCUCGGCGCACAUCAACCAGUUCCCAUCCCACGUUGUUGUCGCGACAGAUGCCUCAGUCUCGGCUCAGCUAGCGGGUGCCGGCGUCGUCUUCCCUCAGCUCGACUGUCAUUGCCCCAUCCGCCUCCCUGACUACACUCCCGUGUUCGAGAGCGAACUCCUCGCCAUGAUUCUGGCCCUCAGAAUGGUGCCCCUUACAUUUCCCAGGAUCCUGCUUUUGUCCGACUCCCUGUCGGUCAUCACUGCCCUAGCCAGCCCCCCCAGCGAGUGGCUCGAGCUCCUGCAGGCCCUGAGUCCUAGCCACAUCACGGAGGUGGUCCUGACAUGGAUCCCUGGUCACUGUGGCCUAUCUCCCAACGAGUUGGCGGACAACCUUGCAAAAAUUUCUCUUUCUGGCCCUAUCAUUGACGUCCUUCCGCCCCUGCCCUCUAUCACGCGGGCCAGGUAUAGAAGGCUGCUGGAGCUGACCGCUCUCCGCUCACUGCCAGCCCGGUACGCCCAUCUUUCCCACGCUUGGCAGGCUGACCGCUGCGUCUCCCGUCAUGUAGAAGUCUUGCUGACUCGACUGCGCUGUCUAGCCCUUCCGCUGAACUUUUAUCUACACCGCGCGGGUGUCAGCCACUCCCCUGCGUGCGCCCACUGCGGUCAAGAGGAAACUGUGGAGCACUUUCUCCUGCACUGCCCCCUCUACGACCGCUCCCGCCUUAGCUAUCUUGCCCAGCCGCUGGCUAGACAAGGGGUUCCCCUCUCCCUGGACGCCAUCCUGUCAUUUGGAGCCUCCCACACCGAAAAAUGGCGGUUUGAAAUAGCGUCGAGAGCCGCCGCCUUUCUGACCAUAUGCGGCCGCUUCUGGAGCACCUUGUACCUCCCGCUUCCUCCCUUCCCUCUGCUAUGGCUUCCUUCUACUAACAUGUCACCGUGGGUCUCAUGA